AUGAUAUCCUCCGUUCUUCCGUUUAUGUUCUUUGUUCUUUCUAAUAAUAUUGUUAUUGGCCAAAAAAAAAAAAAACAACAACAACAACAACAACAACAACAACAACAACAACAACAACAACAACAACAACAACAACAACAACAACAACAACAACAACAACAACAACAACAACAACAAUGGAGAGAGAGAAAGGGAGACAACACGAGGAGCGAAGACAAAUGGCACACCAAAUAA